UUAUUAGUAUCAUUUACGAAUCUACUUAUAACUAAUGAAUCAAAAAGUUUUGUCUUUGCACUUGCAAAUACUGCCCAAAAUCUUUUUACAACGAUUUAUUCUUAUAAUAAUUUGGUGUAG